AUGUGCUGCGGGCGGCCUAUGUGCUGGAGCAGGGCAGCAACGAGUGGCCUUGCGAUGGGGCGGUUCAUCCGGCUGGCCGCCAUCCAUCGGCUGACGCCUGCCAAUGGGCUGCCCCUGGUGCUGUCGGCUCAGUGGCUGACAGCCCACCUUCCCAGCAGGACGGCAUUCCACCAGCUGCCCUUGGCCAUGGCCAUCUUUCGGCUGUUCGGCCAUAUGCUCACACACAACACACACAGCCUGGCGCUGCAGCAAGCCGAUAAUGGGGCCUAUCGGAUCGGCUAUCAGUCGUUCCGUGUGGCGCCGUUGGGUGAGCUGCCGGGCGGCCAUCGCUAUGCUGUGGGCUACAACCGGACCGAUCCCGUCAUCCCACGGGGAAACGAGCUCUGUCCCUCCUUCUCGGCAUUCCUGCUACGCCUGCUGCUCGUCUUGUGGUCGGAUGGAGAGGGGGUGGGCGAGAGGCGGGCGCUGUGGGCCAACAUCGGCCGUGGCGACGCUCGCUAUGGCCGUCUGCUGCUGACCGACAGCAUCACAGAGGACCAGGGCAUUACUGCCGACUGGCGCAAUGACUGGGGCAACCUGGGUGGUCAUGCGAGGGACCAUCGUCGUGUGAUAGUGAGCGAUUUCCGGCCGGGUGAGACCGUGGCUGCCCAGCUGUGGGUGGCGUGAGACGACAUCCACCUAUGGACGACCGAGCGGCCUGCUGCCCAUCGGUCUCAGCCGCUCGCCGGCCGAUUCCCCACUUCAAAGCCCCUGUGGUGUGG